CGUAUCCGAGCAACCGAGGCUGGCCGGCUGUGUUAGCUCUAACGUUACUUUCAUACCAAUUAACGCUUUAAAAGCACUUAAAAUGGACGUGAUAUCUGAAGCGAAGGUCAGACCUCUCUCUACGUUAUCUGUGUUUAGCUUCAUACCACCAAGAAGAAGUGAACCUAAAGAAAGCAGAUAUUUCAACUGCAUUCCCAAGGCUGCAGAACUGUAUUUGUAUGACUGCAUACAUCGUGGAGUCGAAGGUUAUGAUAACAAGUUGCACCGUGACGACCGAGAACAUGCCAAGCACCGUGGGUUGGACAUUUUCAGCGAGGAAUCAUCAAGGCCCAUAGCUGUGCUGUCAUCAUCUGAGUACGGGCGACGCGUGCAACCACUCCUUUACAAGCCGGGCCGCCAGUUCGUCCGAGUUGCUCACAUACGAUCAGAGUUUUACAGAAAGAAUGGAAUUACCAAAACGCUGGAGGAGGGGUAUGGGUCUGUUGUUCCAGUUUGAGUGCCCAUGGGGUAUAAA